AUGGGCUUUGAGGAUGAAGUGGAUGGAGCCAGGGCAAAGGAUGGCAGCAGGGACAACACAGCUGGCCAGACCCCAGAGAAGGAUGUGGCUGAGGCAGCGAAGGAGGCAGCCGUUGCAACGGGCAGUGAGAGUGCUCCCCCCUGCAAGACCCCACUCAUCUGCUGCGCAGACGGCCUUGAUGAGGACACCUUUAAAAUUUGCAAGGAGCUUUUCAGACCCUUUAAGAAGUCACUUAAGAAACUGCAAUCGCCCCAGCACCUCCCCAGGGAGAAACAACUGAAAUACAUGAAAGAAAGUUUGACCAUAAUUGGGGACCGCAUCGACACGUUUCUCCAGCAGUACUGCAGAGCCUCGGAAGUCAAGCACUGGCAGAAGAUGUUCUGGCAGUUCAUCUCCCUCUUCUCCAAGAUGGAUGGAAAGCAGCUGCAGAAGCUGUAUAAGUACAUCAAGAACAACCAAAUAGAUAAGUUUGUGAUGAGUGAGCUUCCAGAACUCGAAGAACAGAGACUGAAGCAGCUUUACAUCAGCUGGGGUGUCUGCAGAGAUACAAGAGACCUGCAGGAACACCCGGGUCAAAGAGACAGUCACCACCAACACGCCUCGAAAGCCACCGCCCGGCAGCGAGAAUGA